GCCGCUCCGUCGAAUUCUUCGAUUACGGCCGCAAUCUCCGGUGAAGUUAUGCUUCCGUCGUAAUGUCGUGUUCGACUCCCGAUUGGAUUGAAGAGUGGCUCGAGAGUAUCGGUCGCAACGAGCUCAUGCUGCUCGCGGAAGAAGAGUGGCGCCGGCAAACGGAGCGCCGCAAGGAAAACCAGCUCCGCAGGUACGACGACCCGGUGCCCCACUACGGCGCCGGCGCUGGCGGCGGUGGCGGGGCCACCGCCCUGGAGGGACCCCUGGGCGCUUACGACCCGCAUGGCCGCAUGCAGCCGCUGGCUCACAGCCCGCACCCGAUGAACGCGGCAGCCGCCAUGUACGCCAACCACGGGGCCGCCGGAGCCGCCAAUCACGUGAUGGGCACCGUGCCGGACGUGCACAAGCGAGACAAGGACGCCAUCUAUGGACACCCACUGUUUCCCCUGCUGGCACUGAUCUUCGAGAAGUGCGAACUGGCCACCUGCACACCCAGGGAGCCGGGCAUCGCCGGCGGGGACGUGUGUUCCUCUGAAUCCUUCAACGAGGACAUCGCGGUGUUCGCCAAGCAGAUAAUGACCGAAUAUCCUCAAUACACUUCAAAUGAGGAGUUAGACUCUCUUACGAGGCAAGACAAACAAUAUUACCUUCCCAACCCUGAGUUAGACAGCCUCAUGGUGCAAGCCAUCCAAGUUCUCAGGUUUCACCUUCUAGAGCUCGAAAAGGUCGUGGAGAUAUGGACUUAA